CCGGCGAGGAGUGUUGGUUUUCGCCAGCCAAGAAAAAAAUGGGGUGUCCAUGUACUUGUCUGGCGAUAAAAGCAGCUAACAUUUACAGCAUAUCUACAACAGCUGCCGGCAUCAUUUAGAAAAAAAUCAAUAUUGAACUUUGACCUGAACGACUGGCCUUGAUAUUCCAUCUUGACACUCAGCCUUGACCUCAAGCACCAAACAGGAUUGACUGUGAACAUCUACCUCUAAGAAGACAAAAAGGAGCCUCCCAUGGUUACAGAGGAUCAAGGACAUCGACACUAUCAAAACUUUUGAACACGCGCAACAGACCUCUCAUAAAAAGGACGUCCCGAUUAAGGACCAAGAACCAAUACCCGUAGUUCUGUUGACGUACAUGCGUAGUGGGUCCUCAUUCCUUGGUAACGUACUCCAAGCUAACCCGGAUGUAUAUUACCUGUUCGAGCCUUUACACGCAAUCCAGUUCGCUGUUAGGAGCCAGGAAACAUUCUAUUUCCUUAACGGAACAUCAAGGAAGUAUGACAAUUUCCUGGAUAUCGCUAAACUUACUAUAGAGGGCCUUACCACUUGUAACAUGGAUAUCAUCCCAAUUAAAAUGUGGCUGAACGGAUUCUUAACGUUUAGUAAAAAAGCAAAGGGCAUGCGUUUUUGUGUGAGCAAAGCAAGAACGCUAGCGGAACGCCACGCCUGUGUGAAUGAAACCAAGAUGGCUUGUCUUAACUCGAGCCACUCCGCCUUGAAAAUAAUCCGGAUUCCAAUGGACCUCUUGGAACCUUUGAUGACGUCGAUUCCAAAGUUACGUAUUUUACACCUCAUACGCGACCCUCGGGCCACCAUUAUGUCACAACGUGCGCUCGGCGUCAUCCCAGCGGCUCAUUUCCGACAAUACGUCACUCGGUUUUGUAACCGCGUGUACCAGGACGUUGUCACGGCUGAGCGUUUUCAGACAUCUUUUCCGGGAAGGACUUUGCGAAUAUUUUAUGAAGAGAUCGCCAAAGACCCAAAAUCUUAUACCAAUAUUGUGUACAACUUUACAGAUAUGGCGUACACAACCAAAAUAGAAUCGGAAAUACAUUCGAUGACGUCAGAGGAUGUUCCAAAAAAUUGUGGACAACUCUGUGCGCGGAAAUCAAAUUCCACUGCGCAAGCAGAGGCUUGGAGAAAAGACGUACCGAUGGAUUUAGUGGCUACAGUUGAUGAAGUGUGUCAACCCCUGUACUCAAAAUUAGGCUAUAUCAAUGUGGAUUCGGAGCGCAUGCUCAGGGAUAUCACAGUUCCGCUCCGGUCGACUGUGACAACUUUCGAUGACUUCCGGUACGCGUAAUGUCUUAAUAUUUAAAGACUUUGGAAGAUGGACAUAUUGACAGUUUUCUUUAAGGCAUUCCUUAUUCUCGUUGUGAGAGAAUUUAAAAGGAACUUUUAGUGUGGUCAACUAAGGUUGCCUAUGUGACAUAAAACAAACGGGUCAGGUAGGUCAGGGAAACAGCAAACACCCCUAAACGUGCAUAUAAUAAUAGUUAAUGAAACGUCACUAAAAUAUUAAACUCUCAUACAAUUAAUAUACAUUCAUCAACAUUUACAUCAACACAAAAUACAAUUUUAUAUCAAUACAAAAUACAACA